AUGAGUCUCCUCGGGAGCUACCGAAAAAAGACCAACAAUGAUGGCUAUGAAUCUUUGCAGCUGGUGGACAGCAACGGUGACUUCUGCAGCAGCCGGGAGCGAACCGGCGGCGUCGGCGGCAACCUCGGCAAACAAGGGGUGAUCCCCGCGGUGGUAGCAGCAGCCAGGAGCCCAGCGCGACAGCUUCAGCAUCAGCCGCUCGACUGCAGCACCAUGGACAGCUCAGGUGCCUCUUCUCCUGACAUGGAGUCUAGCUAUGGGGGAGGAUUAUUGGACAUGAUGAAAGGUGGUGCAGGGAGACUCUUCAGCAACUUAAAGGAUAACUUGAAAGAUACUCUAAAAGAUACUUCUACUAAAGUGAUGCAAUCUGUUGCAAGCUAUGCCAAGGGAGAAUUAGAUAUUUCUUAUAUUACCUCAAGAAUUAUUGUGAUGUCAUUUCCGGGUGAAGGAGUCGAACUGGGAUUUAGGAAUCAUAUUGACGAUGUGCGGACAUUUCUUGAUUCAAGGCAUCCUGAUCAUUACACAGUUUUCAAUUUGUCACCAAAGUCUUAUCGUACUGCACGGUUUCAUAAUAGGGUAUCUGAAUGUAGUUGGCCAAUUAGACAAGCACCAAGUCUCCAUAAUCUCUAUGCUGUUUGUAAGAAUAUGCAUAACUGGUUGCAGCAGAAUCCCAAAAAUGUUUGUGUCAUUCACUGUAUGGAUGGUCGUGUGGCGUCAGCAGUCUUGGUCAGUGCAAUGUUCUGUUUCUGUCAUCUCUUUUCUAAUCCAGCGUCUGCUGUUCAAUUGCUAAAUUCAAAGAGACCUGGAGUAGUACUCUGGCCAUCCCACAGAAGGUAUUUAGGGUAUAUUUGUGAUCUAAUAGCAGACAAACCUGUCCAGCCUCACUGCAAGCCUAUAACCAUCAAAUCAGUCCUCCUUAGUCCAGUGCCCUGUUUCAACAAGCAGAGAAAUGGCUGCCGACCUUUCUGUGACAUCCUUAUUGGAGAAACUAGAAUAUUUACAACAUCACUGGAAUAUGAAAGAAUGAAGGAAUUCCGUGUUCAAGAAGGAAAAGUUGUUAUUCCACUAGGAGUCACUGUCCAUGGUGAUGUAGUUGUUUCUGUCUACCAUAUGAGAUCCACCAUUGGGGGACGGCUGCAAGCUAAAAUGACAAACACACAAAUGUUCCAGAUUCAGUUUCACACUGGAUUUGUACCUCUGGAAUCAACAACAUUAAAAUUUACUAAGCCUGAGCUGGAUGCAUGUGAUUCACCAGAAAAAUAUCCCCAUCUCUUCCAUAUCAUUGUGGAGGUGGAAGUAGAUUCGACUGAUAGGCAGACUGAUUUAACUCCUCCAUGGGAGAAUUUCACCACAAAAGACAUCAACCCAAGCAUUCUUUUCUCAUCGCCUCAGGAACAUCAAGACACUCUUGCUCUGGCAGGUAGAAGUUCUGUAGAUGCAGUGCAAGAUAACCUAAAGAAUGUUGGCCAGGGUGCAUUCUUGUCAUCUCUCAGCUGGCAAGAUCAAAAGGCAGAAAGAACCAGUUCUCAUCCCAGCUCUGAGGACAGGGCAGCACUGGUCCAUGAAGAAAGCGAGCAAUCUGAUGACGAACUCUUAUCCCUCUCCAGUCAGCACAGUGGCACUAGCACUGACAAAAUUCACAGCACUUCAAAGCACAGCAAAAAGCAGCCAGAGAAGCCAGGCCCACCUCCACAAGAGGAUGUAGAUCUUUUAGGUUUGGACGGCACUCCUAUGAACUAUCCGGCAGCCCCCACUGCACCACCAUCUAACUCAGACUUGCUGAGUGACCUUUUUGGGGUUGGAAAUUCUGGAGGAUUAAAUCAAGGCGGUCAGGGAGCUGUUGAAGAUGUCUUUCAGAUGGGUGGAACUGGUUCAGCACAGUCAACUCCACGGCGGCCUGCAUCUUCAGCCUCCCCAUCGUUGUCCCCAAGAAUAGGAGAAGCAUCUGCCUUUGACCCAUUUGGGGGUAGUCCUAAGCAACCUGUCCCAGAUCUUUUAGGCUCUUUCCUUUCAUCAAAUGCCAAAAGUGAUCCUUUUCUUCAAGCAACAAGAAGUCCUUCACCUACAGUGCAUCCUUCCAGUACACCAACUGUUUCCAUUCAGCCAGAUAUUUCAGGAGACUGGGAAUGGCCUAGUAAAUCAGGUAUGGUGAGCAAAUCAACUGCUUCCAGCCCUACAGGAUCAUUGCACAACACCCCCACACAUCAAGCCAAACCACAAACUCUGGAUCCUUUUGCUGACUUGGGAGCUCUUGGUGCAAAUCUAGCAGAUUCUAAGCCCAAACUAUCUGCGGAUUUUGAGGAUCUCUUAUCUGGUCAAGGUUUUAAUGCUCACAGAGACAAAAAGGGUCCCAGAACAAUAGCAGAGAUGCGAAAAGAAGAAAUGGCCAAAGAAAUGGAUCCUGAAAAAUUAAAAAUCCUUGAGUGGAUUGAAGGGAAGGAGAGAAAUAUAAGAGCACUGUUAUCUACCAUGCAUACAGUGCUAUGGGAAGGAGAAACGAAAUGGAAACCUGUGAGCAUGGCCGAUCUUGUAACUCCAGAACAAGUGAAAAAGGUUUAUCGGAGAGCAGUACUUGUUGUUCAUCCUGAUAAAGCUACCGGACAGCCAUAUGAACAAUAUGCAAAGAUGAUUUUUAUGGAGCUCAAUGAUGCUUGGUCAGAAUUUGAAAACCAGGGUCAGAAGCCUUUGUAUUAGCAUUCCUCCUCAGACGUUGCUGUAGAUCUGUGCUAGUGCUUGUAUCGUUCCUUGCCACAUGAUUUUCACAGCUGAACUGAUGUCUGGCUGGAGAUGUAAAAGUAUUAAUACUAGCCCAAUUUAAAAAAAAAAACUCUUCAUGGAAAAGGAACAGAAAAGAAGGCUGAUCCUUAUGAAUUACAGAUGCAAAAAGAAAGGAGUUUUUGGGACUGAUUUAUAAUGUUCUUUCAGAUUUAAAUAGGCAUUCUAGUAAACUAGGAUUGUUUGCCUUGGAACAAGUGAAAUGAAAUUGUUCCUUUGCCUUUAGCAAAAGGGACUCU